AUGAGCCUCGUGGAUCCGCCGUCGCUUCAUCCCGGCCGUUUCGACGACGCAGAUGUUGGAUUCGCCGCGCCGUCGUUCCCGCUGCCUGCCGUGAAGGAUCUGGACGGGUUUCAGAGCGCGGCGAUGGAGAUGGUGAAGCCGCAGCACGGCACGACGACGCUCGGGUUCGUCUUCCAGCACGGCGUGAUCAUCGCCGUCGACUCGCGCGCCACCAUGGGCACUUAUAUCGCCUCACAGACGGUGAAGAAGGUGAUCGAGAUCAACAAGUACCUGCUCGGCACCAUGGCGGGCGGCGCAGCGGACUGCCAGUUCUGGCAGCGCAACCUGGGCCGACAGUGUCGGCUGCACGAGUUGGAGAACGGGCGGCGCAUCAGUGUGGCGGGGGCGUCGAAGCUGCUGGCCAACACACUCUUCUCGUACCGCGGCAUGGGGCUCUCCAUCGGUACCAUGGUGGCUGGCUGGGAUGAGACGGGCCCGAAGCUGUUCUACGUGGACAGUGAGGGGUCGCGCUAUGAGGGCCGGCGAUUCGCAGUGGGGUCUGGAUCCACGUAUGCCUAUGGCGUGCUGGACGCAGGGUACCAGUGGGAUCUGUCAGUGGAGGAGGCAGAGGAACUGGGGCGCAGGGCCAUCUACCAUGCCACCUUCCGUGACUCCGCCAGUGGUGGCACUGCAUCGGUGUACCAUGUGGGUCCCGAGGGCUGGACGAAGGUGUCGGGUGAUGAUGUAACAGAGUUACACUACAAGUACUACCCUCUGAAGGAGGAGGCCAAGGAGGAGGCGGAGGCUAUGUCGCGGGUGAGGCGGCAAGGAGCAAUGGAGGACGGUAGCAUCGUUGCUAGCGGCAGGGAGAAUGAUCCUAUUAUUCUAGACGACGAUGACGACAUUGGCGACAUUGGCGACGGCAUUAACGACGGCAUGGACGAUCGCAUCGACGAUGUUGGCGAUAGAUUUGAUGCGAAUCCGUCGCUCGCCUUUCCAUCCGCAGCUCCUCACGGGUCUGCGGCUUUCAGUGCGAGGCCGUCAGAUCUGGCGGUCAAAUGUGAGCGUUUAUUUGAAUCGCAGGGAGUCGGCGGCGUAGCUGAACGAGAUACGUUACAAGUCGACGAUUUCGCGAGCGGGCAAUUUGUAUCAGCAGCCGAUUUUCGCGUCGACGGCAGAGCUUCAUCAGAGAAUGACCCACCGCUAUUAGCACGCCACGCUGAACCUAGCGGACUCCGUGCUCCUACCAAGGCCCGUCUCUCGGGAUUCGAUUCUCCGCCUGCCUUCGAUGCGGCUGCUACUCGUGAGGAUUCUGGUGCGGAACCCAAUGGUCGAUUGGGUGAUGUUGCAGGCCACGUGGGUGAUGGGGAGGUUCAUGGCUUGUACUCGCUUUCCAUGCGCAUGUCUCGCGAGGCACUGGGGUGUUCAGCAGCUGCGGGGACGGGAAUGGGGGAUUUCGGGGGGAAAGACAACGCGGAACGCGGGUCAGGAUGCGCAGAGAGAGGAAUGGGGAGCCCAGGAGGGGCAGACGCGGCCGUGCGCGGGUUAGGAGGCGCGCUGGUGGAGGAGGAGUGCGAGAGCGGGGACGAGGGGGAGGAGGAGAGGCGGGUGCGGAGGGCGAACGAGGUGUGGCGGAGGGUAACGUGGGCGUGGUGGCGCGACAUUUUCUGGGUGCCAGGGGUGGAGAAGGAGGAGCCCACAGUCACAGUUGAGGAGGAUUUUCGUGUGGACUACUGCCUCAAGUGCUUUGACGGGGGGUUGCUCAUGUGCUGUGACGGGCCUGCGUGCUGCAAGGCAUGCCACGUGGAGUGUGCGGAGCCCAAGCUCUCCCGCGUCCCCAAGGGCCCCUGGUACUGCCCUGACUGCCUCCAACGCCUCCGCACCUCCCGCCGCCCCUUCCCCUAUCCCCCCCUCUCCACUACAACCCCAACUGGCUGUGCAUAUGCUCCUGGAAGGGAAGGGUGGGCUGGCAGUUUUGGCCGUGGUGGUGGUGAGGCGAGUUUGGAGGACGAGGAUUGGGAUGCGGCCAGGGGGGUGGAUGAAGCGAACGGUGUGGGUGCCUCCGCUUCUGCUGCUGCUGCUGCUGCUGCUGCUGCUGCUCCUGCUCAUAGCAGCCGCAGUGGCGGUGCUGGCAAUGCGGGGGGAGGAGGUGGAAGUCUUACAGCAGUUCGUGGUGGGAGUUUUAAGGCCUCUGGUGCUAGUAACAGGGCGUCCAAUGGUGAGGAUUCGGAGAAUUUGUGGGCGCUAGGCGAGGUUGUUGUGGAAUCUGUGUGGCUAGACAGGGAGAAAGGGGAGGGGGGCGGUGGGGAGAUGGGGAUGGGGAUGGGGAUGGGAGGAGGCGGGAUGGGCGAGGGGAGCCUGGCGUGGCAGCAUGAUGAGGAGAUGAGGAAAAUGAAGGGAGAGGAGCGAGGGAGAAGAGGGGGGAAAGCAGUGGGGAAUGCAGGGGCGAGAGCAGGCGGCAAGGGGAAAGGUGGAGGGAAGUCGGCACAGAGGGAUGGAGGCAGGCGAAAGGGGGGUGAGGGGCUGGUAGGGGAAGAAGGUGGGGUGGGGGCAAGACAGGACGAGGGGAUGGGUGGAAAUGGGUUGAAUGUGGUGCAUGGGGACGGGGUGCAAGCUCUUGGCUGUUCUGUCAGGGAUGCAGGGGAACAGACUCAUGCGGCUGUGGCAGGGGCGUAUGUGGCCCCAAGUGGGGCGGGUGCGGAGGCAGGUCGUGGCAGGGGGAGGGAGUAUCUGGUGAAGUGGCAGAAGCGGCCUCACGUGCACAAUGCGUGGGUGGACGGCGAGUGGCUGCACUCGCGGUUCCCAGGCCACCUGGCAGCAUACGAGAGGUUCAAGGCGGACGGCAAGCCCUGCCGUCCGGAGCCGUGUGCGUGCUUGGAAGAUUUGAGCGAGUGGGCGGAGCCGGAGCGGCUGCUGGGGCGGUUCAAGGUGGAGGGGCUGGGUCAAGGCAAGUGUGGUGGCAAGGGGCGCGGCAGAGGGCGACUGAGACGCGUGGCGGAUGAAUACCAGUGGUUGGUGAAGUGGAGGGGCGUGGGGUACGAGCACCUCACAUGGGAGGCGUGCAACAUGCCCUUCCUCUCCACUCCACGCGGCAUGGCGCUGCAGGCGAGGCACGAGAGGGAGAGAGAGGGGUGUGAGCAGAGGGCCAUGGAACAUGCCAGGCUGGAGGCAAGAGCCAGACGCGCUGCUCCAUUCGCCUUAACACAGCAUCACCACUCAAACGAUGGCCGGCACGUAGAGUUUGCCCACUUCACAUGGUUCCAGGUGGCGGCUUUUGAUUGGCUGAGGGCACUGUGGCAGUGCGAUGGAGGCGCCCUUGACCGUGCGUUGAACGCGGUGUGGGAGUCUGUGGAGGAGAGAAGGCGUGGGCUGGGAUCUGACGUGGGAGCCUGGGCGUCUAGUGGUGAUGCUGAGGGCAGAGCGGAAGAGGAGGGGUUCAUGGGGGAGAGAGGGUUGGGCGAGGGGAAGAGAGGCGUGGAGGAGGGGGGGAGAGGGGUGGACGAUGAGGGGGGAAGGCGUGCGCUGCUGUGCAUGGACCCUGGCAUGCUUCACGUGCACAUCCCUACGCCUCUUCUCACCACCCUUUGGCAGGGCAGCUCCCGUGUGUUUGUGGCGUUCUACCACGCCCUCAUCACAUACUUCAAGUGUGUGCGCCCCAUCCUCAUCAUCUGCCAGAGGCAGCUCAAAAUCAUCCUCCCCCUCCCUUCAUCUCACCACCCUUGGGCAGGGCAGCUCCCGUGUGCUCCUGGCGCUCUGCCAUGCGCUCAUCGCAGACUUCAAGUGCGGGAAGGCACCACUGCGGCAGAGGGUGCUCGUGGGGCAGGUGCAUCUGGGGCAGGUUCAACCGAACCAUGCGUCACCAUCCAGCCUCAAGUUGUAGUAACUACAGCAGCCACGUUUGUACAGGUGGCAGGUCGGCUUUCCCAGGUGCACUGGGAGGCUGUGCUCGUGGAAACCCCACCACCAGGCAUCAGCUUAGACAAUGACACGUGGCAGUCCGUGAUUAGUUGCUUCCAAGCUGAAUCCAAGCAGCAUGCUGAGGUGGCGGUGGGUCACCAGCCGCCUUGUGCCCCUCCGCCCCUCUCUCUGCAUGCGCGCCUGCUCGUGUGUGCUUCUUCUGGUGGCUCAGAGCAGUGGAGACAGGAGAGAGAACAGCAGAUUUGGCAGCAGAGGAGGCAUGGGAGUGCAGAGCGCGCAUGGGACCGACUCACUGUGGCUGCUGCCACUUUUGUGGCCGCAGAGGCAGCAGAGGAGGAAGCACAGGCAGUGCAGAGCAGGAUUCGUGAGAGUGAUGAUGAUGAUGAGGAUGAGGCACUGAGGCUACUGAGUGCCAUGCUGGCUUGUCUCCAACGGAAAGGGAAGACCGUUUUGCUGCUCGCACAUAGUGCACAACUGAGGGAAGCACUAGCCAGCAUGCUCGCUCAGCAGUGGGGCGGCAGUGGGGGUGCGUUCCUCCGCCUGCACUCGUCCGACUCCCCUGCUGCUUGCUCCCACACGCUCGCCCAGGUGGUUAGAGGGGCACCGGUAGUGCAGGGGCGCAGUGUGGUGCGGGGAGGGCGAGGGGAGGUGCUGCAUGGCAGAGCAAGGGGCGUGCGUGGUGGGAGAGGGGGUCGGGGGGCAGGAGAUGGGGGAGGAGGUGGGGGAGGAGGUGGGGGAGGAGGUGGGGGAGGAGGUGGGGGGGAAGGAGGUGGUGGGGGUGGAAGUGGUGGGGGAGCAGCGAGGGGGGCCACGAUGGUGGAGGAACAAGAGUGGGAAGGCGGGGAGAAUGGGGAGGAGGAAGGGUGGCGGAGAAGGGGAGGGGAGAGCGAGGUGGGUGUGCGGGUGAAGCAGGAGGAGGUGGAGGAGGAGGUGAAGAUGGGGGUGGAAGAGGAGGAGGAGGAAUACUCGGUGGUACAAAUGUCGGUGUGGAUGGAGCGUGAGGUGGAGGAGGAUGGUGAAUCGGUGGAGGGGGGUGGUGAAUCGGUGGAGGGGGGUGAUGAGUCGGUGGAGGGGGGUGGUGAGUCAAUGGAUGGGGGCGGUGUAUUGGGGAAGGGGUUAGUGAGGGGAGAGGGCAGUGGCGAGGCGCUGAGGAGAGUGAAAGAGGAGCAGGUGGAUGAGGGGUUGAUGGGGGAGAGUAUGUUGGGGCUGCAGCACACGAGAGAGGGGGAGAAGGCUGCGGAAGAGGAGCGAGGCAGGGAAGCUGAGGAGGAAGAGCAGGAGAGAGAUGAGGGAGCAGGGAUGGAAGCGCAACGGCGGGUGUCAGUGGAGGGAGGGAAGGAGCAAGGGGAGCGUGGUGAAGGACCAGAGGCAGAUGGGAAGGAGAAAGAGGGGGAAGAGGAGCAGCAGGGGGAGCAGCAGGGGGAGCAGCAGGGGGAGCAGCAGGGGGAGCAGCAGGGGGAGCAGCAGGGAGAGCAGCAAGGAGCAGGGGCAAGCAGGGAGAGUCCAUUCAUGGUGGUAGCGCCAGCAGCAGUGGUGUCAAUGGGCGUGAAUUUGGAUCCCAUCGACGUGGUUAUACUCGUGGAUGACUCCACAACUCCUGCGUUGACCACUCAGCGCCUGUUGGCCUCCCUGCUCUUCCACCAAGACACCUGCGUCGCACCCAGCGCACCCCCACACACUCCCAGCGCCUUCUCACAGCAGCAGGGCCGCAGCAUACCGCCUCUCACCGUGCUGCGCCUCUACUGCCCCGCCACUGAGGAGCAAGGGCUGCUGGAAAGCGCCUGGCAUGGGGCAGCGAGGGGCUUUGAGGCAUUUCAACGCCCUGAAGAGCAGCGCUUGCAGCAUGGCACGUGGCAUGACACAGGGAGCGGCCUGAGGGGAACGGUGGGGGGGCGUGCUGGUUGGGUGGGAAGGAAGAGUGGGUGCGAGAGGAGUGGGGAGCGAGAGGAGAUUAGGGGAGAGAUGGAGGUGAAGAGAGACGGAAUGAAGGUGAAGAGAGACGGAAUGAAGGUGAAGAGAGACGGAAUGAAGGUGAAGAGAGACGGAAUGAAGGUGAAGAGAGACGGAAUGAAGGUGAAGAGAGACGGAAUGAAGGUGAAGAGAGACGGAAUGAAGGUGUUGCAGGGAAAGGAGAAGCGACAGGGGGCUGUUGCAGAGGAGGUAAGAGGGGAAGACGGAGUGGGGGGGGGGGAAGAGGAGGUACGAGGAGAGGGAUUUGAGGAGGAGGGGCGUGGAAUGGGAGGGGAGGGGGAGGGGCGUGAGAUGGGAGUGGAGGAGGAGGGGCAUGGGCUUGGAGGAGAGAAGUGUGGAAUUGGAGGGGAGGAGGAGGAGCAUAGGAUUGGUGGGGAGGAGGAGGAGGAGGAGCAUAGGAUUGAUGGGGAGGAAGAGGAGGAUAGAUUUGGAGGGGAGGAGGAGAAGCAUAGUAUUGGAAGGGAGGAGGAGGAGCACACAAUGGGAGGGGCGGAGGAUGUGCAUGGGGUGGGAGGUGAGGAGGAGGAGCAUAGGGUGGGAGAUGAGGAGGAGCAUAGGGUGGGAGAUGUGGAGGAGCAUAGGAUUGAAAGGGAAGAGGAGGAGCAUUGGUUGGACGGAGGGAAGGAAAGGGGUGAGGCCGGGCAGGAGGUGCGAAGUGAGAAGAUAAGGCACGAGGUGGAAUGGAGAGAGUAUGGGCAUGGGUUGGAAGAGACAGGCAGAGAGGAAGAGGUGGCAGGGGAGGAGAGGCGAGAUGGGAUGGACGAAGUGGUGGGAGGAAGAGGAGGGGAGGGAUUGCAACUGUGGGAUAAUGCAGGCGAGAGGUUGGAAGUGGAGAGAGGGGCGGUAGGGAGGGCAGUAGGAGAGACGCCGGCCAUGGCAGAUGGAGGAGGGCAGAGCGAAGAGGGUAGAGAGGGCAGAGAAGGUAGAGAAGGUAGAGAGGGCGGAGAGGGCAGGGAGGGCGAAGAGGUGCGAGAAGGUGAGGCUAAUGAAGCGGAUGGAGGUUGUGCACGGUGUAGAGGGGUGAGAACGAAUGUGAGAAGCAGUGCCGGCAGCACUUUGAUGAGUGAUGAAUGCAGCGCACGGACUAGUGGUGUGUGGCGGUCCAUUGAGAUUGUGAAGGGCGGCCUUGCUGCUGCUGUGGCUGAGGCCAGGAGGCAGGUGGGCGAGAGAGAGAGGGAGCUGGGCAGGCAAGGAGACGAGGGAGUGACGGGGACGAGGGGAGAGGAGGGGCGAGAAGGUGAAGGUGGAGGGGGGAAAGGGGGAGCAGGAGAAGGGGCGGCGAGGCUGACUGGAGAAGAGGGGGAGGGAGGAAUGCCGAGGGAGGGAGGAGAGGGAAGGGAGGGAGGACUAGGGAACGAGGGAGGAGUGGGGAAAGAGGGAGAAGUGGGAAGAGAGGGAGGAAUGGGAAAGGAGGGAGGAGUGGGAAAAGAGGGAGAAGUGGGAAGAGAAGGACGAGUGGGAAAGGAAAGAGGAGUGGGGAAGGAGGGAGGAGUGGGGGAGGGAGGAGUGUGGAAGGAGGGAGGAGCGGGAGAAGGAGAAUUGGGAAGUGCGGGAGGAAUGGGAAGGGAGGGAGGAGUGGUUGAUGGGGUGCAGAGGCUAGGCAAGGGUAGGGACGAGGGGAGUGGGGAGAUGGAGGAGGGGGAGUGGCAUGAGGAGGAGGAGAUGGAGGGGGGAGGUGCAAGUGGUGAAGGCAUGGGGGGACAGGCAGAAGAGAUUGGGGCGACGCAGGAAGAGGGGCUAGGAGAAGAGGCAGGGCAGGUUACUGUCAGGGAGGGGUUGGUGGACGGGGAGGUGAUAUCAGUGGGACGAAGUGGCGAGGCUACGGUGGAUCUAAGGAAAAACCAGAGCGAGGGUGGUGAAAGGGAGGUGAUAGCAGUGGGAAGAAGCGGUGAGGCGGUGGGGGAGCUAAGGAAUGGGCAGACCAAGGGUGGUGAAGGCGAGGUGGGAGUGAUGAAAGCAGGGGGGAAAUCCGUGGAUGGGGUGACUGGAGAUGGGCAGGGGGUUGAAGGGCGGAUGGAGAAGGGAAGGGCGGAGGGUGCGAGAGAGGAGGGGAGAGGGGAGGUGGAAUCGAGGAAGGAGGUAGGUGACGAGGAGGAAAAAGAGAGGGAGGAAGGAGGAGGGCGAGGGAAGGAGGCGGAAGGAGGGGAGGGGGAGAAAGGGGAGAAGCAGCAAGCAGUUGAGGUGGAGGCAUGCAGCAGGGAGGAAGGAGAGAUGGACGGUGCAGAUGGUGUGGAGAGGGAAAGGGGUGAGAGGAGAGAUGGGGAGGAGAUGGGGGUGGGGGAAAAGCUAGGAGGGAAUGAAAAGGAAGUGGGGGAGGAGAGGGAUUUAGGGGAUGGGAGGGAAGUGGGGGAUGGGAGGGAAUUGGCGUCAACUCAGGGUGAGGACGGUGAGUGUGGGCAGGAGAGGGAGGGGAGAAGCGCGCUUGUGGCUCUGGAAACUGCUGCGGUUGAGACUGUUGCGGUCGACAACACUGCUGCACCUGACGUGCCUGUAGCAGAUGCUUCCCCCAAGAGCACACUUGCUGUCAACGCAGCU